AUGUCAACCUUACUCGAAAUUUCACCAGUUGCUUUUUUGGCUUGUUGGUUGCCAUUUUUCACGCUGAAUAUGGUGAAAGUAUAUAAACUAAUGUACAGCAGUUGGCCAGAACAUUUGGAGAUUCUGUUUCACUGGUUCACUGCGCUUGGAUACCUCAAUUCGUCGUUGAAUUUUUUCAUUUAUUUUGCUAUUCAUAAGGUACGCUGCUUUAAAACGUAA